GAGCCGCAUAACUCGGGCCGGGCAUAGCUUGGGCCCUGCGGUCAUGCCCAAGCGGGGCUGUCCUUUCGCGGACGCGGCCCCGUUGCAGCUGAAGGUCCGCGUGGGUCAUAAGGAACUAAGUCGCGGCGUGUGCGGGGAACGCUACUCGCGGGAGAUCUUCGAGAAGACCAAGCAACUCCUUUUCCUCGGAGCCCAGGCCUACUUGGACCAUGUGUGGGAUGAAGGCUGUGCCAUCGUUCGCCUGCCAGAGUCCCCAAAGCCUGGCCCUGUGGGGGCCCCAAGGGCUACACGUGGGCAAAUGCUGAUCGGACCUGACGGCCGCCUGACCAGGAGCCUUGGGCAGGCCUCCGAAGCUGACCCGUCCGGGGCAGCAUCCAUCGCCUGCUCCUCAUGUGUUCGAACCGUGGAUGGAAAGGCUGUCUGCGGCCAGUGUGAGCGGGCCCUGUGCAGGCAGUGUGUGCGCAGCUGCUGGGGCUGUGGCGCCGUGGCCUGUGCCCUUUGUGGCCUCAUGGACUGCAGCGAUGUUUACGAGAAAGCCCUGUGUGCCAGCUGCGCCAUGUUUGAAGCCUGAGGCUUGCUCAGGUCUGCUGUCUUCCUGAGGGCCAUGCCAGUGGACAGCAGCCUUCCUUGGACAGCCAGCACUGGAGCUCACACUGAACUUGGGGGGAGCGGGAAGGGGUGCCUUUUACACAUUAUGUUUUGUACUCUUAACGGCGGAAGUGAGUAAAGCCUUUGUAUUUGCACA